GCAGUGCCUCCAGUUCGUCCGCGCCUAUCGUCGCGUUCAGUCGAGAUUGAUACGUGCUCAUCAUGAGAUCCUGUUGUUCAGUGCUCUGUCUGCUGCUCAUUGCCGUCACCGUGCUGCAUCCCAGCGAAGCACGCGGUGGACGUGGUCGAGGCGGAGGCUCAUUUGGAGGUCUCUUUGGGGGGUGGCGCAAGUACAAGAAGCCCUCGUCGUCGGGUGGCGGUCGCCGUGUGGUGAGCGGAUCACCAGUGCACACGGCAAUGUCUGUGCCAAAGCCCCCACCACCACCGGCGGCCCCACCGAAGGCAAUGCUGCCGCCAAAGCAGCAGAUACCCAGCUAUCCGCGCCAGCAGAUGCCAGCGGGAUACAGCUAUCCCUCGCAUCCGGGACAGGGCACAUACUACUCCAAUGCACAGUCCUUGCCAGCGGGCGCCGUGUACUAUGCGCAGCCACCCAUGUCCAUGAACCGAGGAUUGGGAACUGGCGACCUCCUUACGGGAAUGCUGGCUGGACACAUGAUGAACAACAUGCUCUUUGGCCACCGUCAUAAUGUCUAUCACAGAAAUCGAGAGGGAGAGGAUCAAACAGCCCAGGGCAAUGGUCGCCAGAUCAUCAUCAUCAACAAUGGACAGCCGGAGGGAGCUGCCCCCAACGAGACCACCAUUUCAGAGGAAGCUGGCGCUGCAAUAGCUCCGGAGAAUCCCCUCACCGAGGAGGACGACGAGAGCUCCAGUGCCGCCUCCAGCGAGGAGUCUUCAGGUGUCGAGGGUGCGGGUACGGGUACGGGUACUGGUCUGCCCCCGCCAGGAACCAUCAUUUGCUUCCCCAUUACACUCAACGAAACGGAUCCCGAGCAGCCCGAUUCGAUGCGAGAAGUGGAGCGAGUGGUCUGCUUCCCGACACCCAACCAUACAGAGUUGGGAGACCCAAUGGAGGGCCCCGAACAGGACAGUACUACCACAACCGACCCGCCCAUUGUUGCGGGGGAUAUCGGAGGAGGUGCUGAGGCUGCUGAUGGUGCCUCAGAGGGUAAUACUGAAGGCAGCGAAGCCAGCGAGCCUUUUGAGGUGGCCAGCUAUGUGGCUGGCCGAGCUGCCAGUGUCGCUGUUGACGCUUUGAUUUAGUAUCCCUAAGCUAAGAUUUAAGUUUUAUUUCAAAUAAAUACUAUUUAGUA